CCCCCUCCCCCCCCCCCCCCCGCUCCUGCAGCCCACCCUGUUACUUAAAUUGCCGGCACCUGCCUCCCUUCUUGGGCGCGGGGAGGGGUUUCUUGGCUCCUGUGAGCUUUGUGGGCUUCCGGGUUUGUGCUUUUCCUCCCUUUCUUCCUCUGCGCUGCUCUCGGGAUGAGGCCCUCGCCCCGACUUUGCUCCCAGGAGCAGCGGAUGAGCUGACAGUCAGCCAGACAUCACCAGCUGCUGUCCUGCCGGGACCCAGAGGCUGCAAGUGAGCCCCACGGUGAUUUCGUUUUCACAGACACACAUGGGGCAGGAGGUCGUGGGCUUGCACCCAAAGCAGUUCCUCGUGGGGCGCGUGCGUUUCAGUCUGCUCCCCAGGGACCCCGUGCUCUCCACCACGGGAGGGAGGAGCCGGACGAGUCACACCAGCAGGGCCCCCAAACAGCGUGACCGCCCUGGCGUGUGGAGGAGAAGGUGACCCCAGGGGAGGGGUCGUUUCCCAGAGCCGAUACAGGGGUGUCCUCGUCGGCAACACAGAUGCACGUCCUGAGCCCCUCAGCUGAGUCUGAGCGGGAGCCUGCCGGGUGGGGUCACAGCAGGGAGGAGACAGACCAGCUGGCCCUCGGGGGUGCCUCCCACGGUAAGUGGUCAGUGCUCAGCUGUGAGCCUCCUACCUGGAGAGAGAAGGAAAGACAGCAGAGCAAGGGAGGGCAGGGAGAGGCCUGUGUGCUAGCGGAGGACCCUGCAAGGUGGGGAGUCUUGCAGGAGGACCCAGGGAGGUGGGGAGUCUUGGAGGAGGACGCUGGGAGGUGGGGAGUCUUGGAGGAGGACGCUGGGAGGUGGGGAGUCUUGGAGGAGGACGCUGGGAGGUGGGGAGUCUUGCAGGAGGACGCUGGGAGGUGGGGAGUCUUGCAGGAGGACCCAGGGAGGUGGGGAGUCUUGGAGGAGGACGCUGGGAGGUGGGGAGUCUUGGAGGAGGACGCUGGGAGGUGGGGAGUCUUGGAGGAGGACCCAGGGAGGUGGGGAGUCUUGCAGGAGGACCCAGGGAGGUGGGGAGUCUUGGAGGAGGACGCUGGGAGGUGGGGAGUCUUGGAGGAGGACGCUGGGAGGUGGGGAGUCUUGGAGGAGGACGCUGGGAGGUGGGGAGUCUUGGAGGAGGACCCAGGGAGGUGGGGAGUCUUGGAGGAGGACCCAGGGAGGUGGGGAGUCUUGGAGGAGGACUCUGGGAGGUGGGGAGUCUUGGAGGAGGACCUAGGGAGGUGGGGAGUCUUGCAGGAGGACCCAGGGAGGUGGGGAGUCUUGGAGGAGGACGCUGGGAGGUGGGGAGUCUUGGAGGAGGGCGGUGGGAGGUGGGGAGUCUUGGAGGAGGGCGGUGGGAGGUGGGGAGUCUUGGAGGAGGGCGCUGGGAGGUGGGGAGUCUUGGAGGAGGGCGCUGGGAGGUGAGGAGUCUUGGACGAGGACGCUGGGAGGUGGGGAGUCUUGGACGAGGACGCUGGGAGAUGGGGAGUCUUGGAUGAGGACGCUGGGAGGUGGGGAGUCUUGGAUGAGGAUGCUGGGAGGUGGAGAGUCUUGGAGGAGGACCCUGGGAGGUGGAGAACCACGGAGGGAGAGGAAGACACGAGGCGUCGCCUGCUUCGUGACCUGGCAUUUAGAGAAAUGGCAGGAUCUGAAACCUCAUGUCUGCACCUGAGGGUGCAGGCAGCAACUUGAGGACAUUGGUACUGAGCCCGCGGCAGGAAGGAGCAUUGGCUGGGGCAGCUUGGCCCCUCUUGUGUUGCCUGCAGGUCACCUCCGGCCUGUGCCCUCUGCUAAGGGACUGAGACCUCAGCCACUGGGGAGGGGAGGUCCUGUAGCAGAGGCGCGAGGGCGGCUGACGGGCUGCUUGCCUCUGUCAUUCAGACCAGCGAUGGCGCGAGACGGAGCAGGCUGGAUCCCUGACGUGGAGACUAACUCUCAGGGAGCCAGAAAAGGGAGGUGUUUUCAAACCAUCCACUCCUGCCUUGCUUUUAUGUUUUUCCCUAAGAGAACAGUCUUUCUCCUCCAAGGCAGGCUGUGUAUGUGUGCCCGUUUGUGGGUAGGGGGGUUUUGUGUGGGCAUGCAGGCAUAUGUGUGUUGUGUAUUUGCUCGUGUGCACACACGUAUGUGUUGUGUGCACAUUUGUGUUGUGUAGAUGCAUGUGUGCGCAGGUGUGGACGGCAUCUUGGUCUCCCUGGGCGGAGUCUGCAGUCUUUUCGGCUCUGCUGGGAGUCCCACCUGGUGGGCUCGCUCUGCCGCCAUGACUCGCGGCACAGAAAGUCCCCUCAUUUACCCAAAGAAAACAAAAGAUAACGAUUUGGCUACUGAAGAUAAGGCCCCUGGUUCAUCAGGGAGGUUGGGAUGACCGUGAGCGUCCUCCCGGGAAUGCAGACCUGGAAGGAAUUGGUUUGCAAACACCUCAUCCUGGACCAGAAGUUCAGCAAAAAGCCUUGUGGAGAAAAGUGUCUCUAUCCAGUGGCGAGGCUUCCUGCUUUGUCCCUUUCUCGUUACGGUUGUUGGGCUGCUGCUCCCCCACUCUGUGAAAGGGGCGCGCUCGGUGCCAGGCCUGGCCUCGAGCCACACGCUGAGGUGGCUCCCCCUUCCUGAAGCCCCUCCUGCUCUGCGUUUCCCUCCCACCUCUGUCUGUCCCCUCCUAGAUCUCCUCUCCUGCCCGCGGCCUGAACCCUGUUCCCAUGUUCUGCGGGGCAGGAGGCUUUUCCGAACUGAAUGGGAAGGAGUGACCGCCCUGGGCCCCAGAACGCUCCCUCCUUUGCUUCACGGCACGUCACCCCUCUGUGAUCAGGUGACGUUAACUCCGUUGAGAGAGGGAAACCGAGGCAGGAGGUGGUUAAGGAACAGAGCCUGGGUCACCCCGCUGGGCAGAGGGGAGUGGGACCCGGGUCGGCGGUGUCCCAGAGCUCACGUGCUGACCUGCGUUCACUCUCCAUCCUGUCCCUCCCCCCCCCAGGGCCCCCAAGUGCCCUCUGUUAAAACUGCCUCGGUGAGGUCAGGCCAGGUGUUGAAGCUCCCGGUAGUUUUAAAACCUGUGUUCUUUCGCCCAGAAAGGAAAGCACUUUAAAUCCAUCACUACUGUGCGAUGAUGGGGGUGGUCCUACCACCUCGGGAACAAAGAGGUGGGUGUUCCUGAUGAUAGGGUGGGCACAGAACUAGAAUAUUUUCAUGUGGGAGGAGGAAUAGAGAAAUCUGGAGGCAUCUUUUCUUUCUGUCCCGGGGGUGGGGUCCGGAGUGCUGGGACCGCUUGUCGGUGUUUUUCUGAAGCUGGUUCUGUGUUAAGUUCCAGCUCAAGAGGGGCGUGGUCUAAUGCCGGAAGUAGCGCUUUUAGCACGUAUUAAGUAAAGUGAAGGGUAAUCGUUCCUUAGCUUCCGUCAGGUCCCGGGCACUGUUAUGAGUUGUCUUUACGUAGGGAUAUUGGCUGAAUUGGUGGCUCUCAGCGAUCUGGACACAGGCAGGGAGGCUGUAUACCUUUAAUCUCGCUGUAGCCUGUGCUCCCCGCAGUAGCUUACAUAGCCGCCACUUUCUUCUGCUUUUGUCAGUGGAAUAAUGGAGCGUAACCAAUUUGCUGGUGAUCAGUAUCUGAAAACAGACGAGUUCUUCACCCAGUACAUUUUUUUCCUUUGGAGAUUAAAGGAUAGAGUUUCAGCUCAACAUUAUGACUCCCAGGCUCAUGUAAUUCCUGAAGUUCAGGGAACCUUCAGGUCUAAUAUUCAGGUCCUCCACUGCAGAAUUACUAAUGCAUGUGUGAUCUGAGCGUGAUCUAGCCGCAUGGAAAGCUGCCCUGUAAGGGAGCAGGCCGCUAAGAAAUGGAAAGGGCCAGUAGCAUCGCCUGAGGCCAGCCCUGCCAGGCCAGGGUAGAGUUACUCAGAUAAAGGGCAGCAUCUGAUAGCUGCCGCAGCCCUCACCCUCGUGAUGCUGGGGACUGUACUUUUUGUCCCUUUAGACCUCCCUGGCACUAGAGCAUCAGUAAGGGCCUGCAGACGGGUGAGGAGUUGGUACAGCCUGGAAGAACUGUGUGUGGGGUAGGAAAGAGAUACAUUCCUUAACUUGUAAAGGAUGGUCUGUGUCUGUGCAGGUGCUGUCACCCUGGAAGUUUGUGGAGGCUGUGUGUGUGUGUGUGUGUGUGCGCGCGUGGACUCCCUGACACGUUCAAGAACACAGUGGUGUAGGGCCAGGACCAACUGUGAGUUCAGGUCAAGUCUUGACUUGCAUUGUCAAGUGCAGGACCGACUAGUGCAGCUAACUAGGGCUUUGGGCUACAGCUGGUUCAUUUCAUUUCCUCCAGUCCCUUUCCAGUCGCUGUCUGCUACUUCGCCAGCUGACAGGGUGACAGUAGAGGGCUCCCAGGAAGGUCUUAGUUAAAUCCCAGAGCCCAUUUGCCUCUGUUCCUAAAAUUGGUGGGGAGGGGACUGCUGGGCUUUUCGGGGAGGUCGCUCAGGUUGUGGGAUUUCCAUCCACCCACACUCUCCUCCUCGGAGGCUGGGGGGCAGCGGAGCAAGCCUGUGAGCGCCGGCCGGCCUGCGGGGCGGGGAGCAGCUCGGCCAGGCUGGGAGAGGGGCAGAGGGCGCUCAAGCCCGCCGUCGCCCUUCGCUCUGGCUGGUGUCGGGUCUCAGGCAGCCGGAUCCCGUUACCGGCCCCAGGACAUUCGGUUUCAUUGAAGAAUACCUUUCCCCUUCUGUCUCCUUGUG